AUGAGAGGUCUGACCAUCGGCUGCAAGUCCCAAGGCCAGCCGAUUGACUGGCGGAUGAGCUACUCCGUCGAUCGCCAUCUCCAGACGAGGGCCUUGGCCAAAGCAGGCUUCGAUAGAGUGCUGAAGAUGCAAGCGGGGAAGAGCUACAAAAGAUACAAGGAUGCGUUGCACUUGUCCUUCAAUCGGUUGCUCUGCAACCCAAAGAAGACCUGCAACGAUGUGAAACCACAUCACGUUGCGAAACUGCUGGAGAACAUGACGGCGUCGAUGGUUCGGGCCUACAAUGGUCGCUGCCAGAAGCCCGAGUCCAGUAGCCAUGGCACGGAGUUCGCGCAACAUGGGCAAGUGAGCAACCACACCCACAAAAAGCACAAGAAAGCCGCGCAGAAGGCGAAGUCGUGA